AUGACCCAAGUCGGUCUAGGUAGCUCUCGAGCUCCAGAAAAGUCGAAGACCCUGACAACAACAGUAGCAGCUGAGAUGAAAAAGAUCUCGGAAUCCUCAACUACGACGGCAUCGUUGAUCACCGAAGCCACCUUCUUCAGGGUCCAAACAGACGUUCCUUCAGGUUCGACGACUGUGGGCUCUUCGUCUACCGCACCCGCCGAGGACUUCCACUAUCACAACGGCUGCUCUCGGGCCUUGCGUUGUCUCGGUCAUUCAACUUCAAAGGAGGCCUUCACCUUGGCCAGACCGAAG